AUGAACGGUGUGAAGAGACCUGCUGAAGAGAUUCGAGCUCUUCGUUUUGUGAAAAGACACAAAAAGACCGUAAAAAACCCGCUGGAGGAUGGCGUUUCGCAUUGCAUAGUGAAGAUUCCAAUCCGGUUAUACGUGUCUCUGGCGCCUAUGUACCUGGAGACACCAUUACAAGGUAUAAUGAGGCAGCAUUUGAAUCCAAUGGUGAUGAAGUAUAACAGUAAAGCUGGCGGGGUUGUUAUGGGCUACAAUAAUUUAGAGAUUCUAGAUGAAGCACCUGAGGGGGAACACGCGGACUCCGUCCAGCUGAUAAAAGUGACUCCAGACACGCCAUUUAGUUUUACUUGGUGUCAGGUUGACUUGUAUGUGUGGCAGCCUCAAGUUGGUGAUAUCUUGGAGGGAAAUAUUUUUAUUCAGUCUGCUUCCCAUAUUGGUUUAUUGAUUCACGACUCGUUCAAUGCCAGCAUCAAGAAGAAUAACAUUCCUUACGAAUGGGUGUUUGUGCACAACGAAGAAAAUGAACAUGAGGACGAGGACAGUCGAACUAAUGAGGGCAAUGUUAACUCGAACGACUCCAACAGACCCAAUGGCGGUAGGAACUCCACCUCCGGGAACGCUGGUUUCAGGAAAAACGUAUCCAUGGGACACUGGGUUGACCAAAAUGCUCAAAGAAUUGAUGGCAAACUGAGGUUCAGAGUAAGGAAUGUGUAUACCACCGGCAGAGUCGUAUCUGUCGAAGGUACCCUAUUGGAUCAAAAUGAAAUGACCUCCAAGUCCGAAGUUGAAAACUUAUCAGUUAUAUCAAACAAAAAGAUUGUUUUCGAUGAGGAAGUCGAGGAGGAAAAUAAAGAAACACACCAGGAAUUGAAUUUGGAAAACGUUAAGGAGGAUAACGGCUCCGAAAUUGUCUAUGAGGCAAACAGCAGUGAUAGUGAUUCUGCUAGCUCUAGUGAUAGCGACUAG